AUGGAAGGAAUUGAAUAUACAUCCGCUGCAGAUGCAGCAUGUCAUCUCCUUCGGGUUCCAAAGGAGAUCCGCCUACACAUAUACCGGUAUCUCCUCAUUCCAACUCCCACGAGCAUGAUAUCGAUAACACCUGGGGACGCCUUCGAAGAUGACUUGUCGGACGAUGAUGAGUUAGACAUUGAAGUAGACUCGGACGUAGAAAACGCGAGUGACGACAAUACAGACGAGCCCGAUUCCGACGAUGAUAUGGAAGAAGAGGAUGAAAACUACAUCACCGCAGCAGAAGCCAAUCUAUUCGCGGCGGAAGAUUACGAGGCAUACAAAAAGCACCCAGCGAUUCUCCGAACCAAUAAGCAGAUAUAUUCCGAGGCUAUGACGAUGCUCCACACCGAGGCAAUUCUCGUUGUUGAGCCUGGGGAUAUUUUCUGCUUGUGCGAAAACCCACAAGACUUGAAAUUUGGCGCCGCACAUCGAGGUGUAUGGAGGCACAAUCCAUUGCUAGGAUUCGGAAGAGAAGUCAAUGGUGCCGUUGUCUACGACAGUCCCGAGAUUGAGGGAGGCCUGCUCGAGCCACACGUUUUUGCUCGAUUCCAGAACGUCCACUUUGAUGCGACCUUUGAUUUCGAACAUACCCAAAAUGUUGAGCUUUGGAUCGACGACGACACACAUGUUAUUAGGCAGAAUGACGCCGAGGAGCUUCAGAGGCUUGUGCGGUCUUCUUCAAUCAUGAAUGAUUUUGUCAAGGUGAUUGAAAAGUCGAGACUCGCAAGCCUGGAGAUAUCGUUAGAGGUUGAAGUUAUGGCCAACUCCAGCAUGAUGAUGGAAGAAAUGCUUGGGGAGAGCGACGACGAAGCAGACGAGGUAGAGGAGAAAAUCGACAAACUGAUGGAGGUUGCCAACGAGAGGGCCACAGAAAUAUUCCUCGAUAGUGGGGUGUGCGAUGCUCUUGCGUCGAUUACGAAUGUUCAGAGCUUCAAUUUCACAUUCGGCUUCGAACAUCGGGAGGAGGAGGACAAGUACAAGCCACAGCCGAAACACGUCCAAAUGAUUGCGCAGAUGAAGAAGGUGAUAGAGGGGAAUUGGGUAGCCUAA